AUGGCCGCUCUCGAAGGCCUACCUGUAAAUCCACUAGCAACUCGUUUGAUAAGUCAACGAAUAGGGCAAGAUGGAAUAACUAUUCCAGGACCUGCUUUAUUAUUAGACAAUUAUAGAAAAUUAACUCUUGAUGAUCUCUGCUUUUUGUUGAAAGAACCAUUUGAUAUAGAGGAGGAAAAAAAAGCUGUAAAAAUGAUGAAUGAUGCGCUUAAGGAUCUAAAAUCGCGUGAGAAUAGAUUACUUCCUACAAUAGCUGAAGAUUAUUCCUAUAUUAUGGAAUGUCGUAAUAUGGGACCAAAGAAUAAAAUUUUGGAUGACUUGAUGGAUAAGUAUAAAACAUCAUCAAGACGUAUUUAUCAGAUUUGGAGAGGUGAAGAAACUAAAAGAGUUGCUUGGGAUCAACCCAUACCUCAAUUCUAUAAUGAAAAUGAUUUGAAUCAAGAUAGUUGCGAAACUAUUAUGAGUAAGAAUACUCCUCAUAUAAAAUCUCAGCAGGAAGAAGUAAAGAUUCGGAAUCAGAGCUUCAUUUCUCCCGAAAUAGUUUCUAAUUCUCAUAUUGAUACAUACCAAAAUAAAGCCUCUCAAAGGGAGGGUGUCCAUGCAUCUAGAAAAAGAAGACCGAAAUCAAAACCUACUCAAAUAUCUUCUCCCCUUAUUUCUGAAAAUAUAGAUCAUAUAAAUUCAACAGAAUCUCGGAGUGAUAUUUCUUCUGCAUAUAUUUCAGAUGUGCACGAAUCAUUUAGAAGAGAAGUAGAAGGUGCUGAAAAAAUAUUAUUAAAAGCUGGACAUAAAAAACCACCUACCUUGUGA